AUGGGACUUGCAGAGAAAGCAGUCGUUUCUGAGACCAAACUCGGCGGAUCCCAGGACCCGACCGAGGUGAAGCCGAAGUCCUCAUGGAAAGGUUAUUUGUGGGACACUUGGGCCCUUCCCCAGGAUCAGCGUCGGCUGUUAUUCAAAUUGGAUGCCUUUGUAUUGACAUUCGCCUCGAUCGGUUACUUUCUCAAGAACCUUGAUCAGACCAAUGUGAAUAAUGCCUUCCUUAGCGGCAUGAAAGAAGACCUGCAAAUGUAUAGCAAUGAGCUUGUGACCAGCACAUCCACGUCUGUGAAGUCUUACCGGUCUCUGUAUGCCCUACGAUUCCUCGUAGGCCUCUUCGAAUCCGGCUUUUACCCAGGAAUCCACUACAUGUUGGGGUCCUGGUAUACUCCACGUGAAAUCGGCAAGCGCGCCAUGGUGUUCUGGUUAGCUGGAUCGAUUGGACAAAUGUUCAGCGGUUUUCUCCAGGCGGCAGCUUAUACGAAUUUGAGCGGCAAGGGAGGCCUUGCGGGCUGGCAAUGGCUAUUCAUUGUGGACGGGAUAAUCACGAUUCCACUUGCCCUGGCGGGCUUCGUAUUCUUUCCUAACAUGCCUGGCGGCGGGAAAACCUGGUGGAUCACUGAAGCAGAGAAUACUCUCUCGGUGGAGCGGAUGAAUGCCGUCGGGCGCGCCGGGAAGCAGCCAUGGACGCGAGCCAAAGUCAAGAAGAUCCUUUCUAGCUGGCACACCUACCUUCUUCCGUUGUGUUAUGUUGUCUGGAACAACGGCUGGGCUCAGCCAGCAAUGGGCUACUGGCUCAAGAGCUUUAAUGAAACACCUGCUCCAGUGCUAGGCACGUCUUUCUCAGUGGCGGACAUCAACGACUUGCCUCUUCCCACUACCGGUAUCUUCGUCGUGAUGUCUUUGCUUUGGGGCUGGGCUUCAGACGGGCCCUGCCAUGGCAUUCGCUGGCCUUUUAUCUAUGUUGGCGCAGCCAUCACACUACUAUUCAGUGUUCUCUUGCGCCAAAUGCCAUUGUAUGAGAACAUCACUGGCCGCAUGGUGGUCUAUUGGUUCAGUCAAAUCGGCAACGGAGCGGGGCCACUUAUCCUGACCUGGAUCAACGAAAUCUGCUCCGACGACACCGAGAAGAGAGCACUGAUCGUCGCGCUGGGCAAUGAUCUCGCGUAUGUAGUGCAGGCAGUUGCACCAAAUUUCGUUUGGAAAACUACCGACUUCCCAGCCGCGCGGAAAGGCUACCUCUGGUGCAUUAUCAUGCAAGUCUUGCUGGAGGAACCCCUCAAGAAGCUUCAGUACUUCUACGGGCGUCUCAGCAAGAACAAGCACGCCGCGAUCGAAGGCAUCCCGAAUGGCAAGAAGCUCAUCAAGUACAUCCACAGCUCGCCCUCCCCCAGCACUGGCAGACGGGGUCCAGAGGGACCCCUCGAGAAGCUGAGGCACUUGGGCCAGAGGACCCACAAGAACGCCGUGGAGUACAUGUUGGACGACAAGAAGCUCCUCAAAUACAUCCACGGUCCACCUGGCACGGGAAAGUCGUACCCAGCUCUCUGGUUUACCUGCAUCGCCGUCAUGUUUGACCCACCCACAACAGACGCAGAUGACGGGUGGGACCGCCCGCUGGACUUGGGACCCCAGCUCAAGCCAGAAGAUUUCGAUGAGGUCGAAACGGCCGCGCCUCUCCGAACAGUUCAACUGACCGAUGAUCAGAAGGUUGUGGCUGCAUCAGUUCCUCAGAGGAGCUCACAGGAGCUCACGCGAGCUCAGAGGAGCUCGGCUUCUCUCAUCAGCCAGGUCGCGGACAGGCCGGAACAGAUUUACCUCAUAGGAAAGAACAACACCCGCCUUGAUAGUGUCCUGACAGACGCACUCAAGCAAGCCGACGUCAUUUCGGCACACCCAUCGGAGCAGCAGACAGGACCUUCCGUCGAGUGUUCAGGCCCCACUACAUCAUCAGCGUUCUUCUGUUUCGGUGACCACAUGCAGCUCAAGCCGGUGGCCUUCUCGAAGCACCAGCACCGAAAGUACAAGCCACCGAGGUCGUUCAGGGCCGCCCCCGUCGAAGAUACCAGCGCUGCUGUGCUCACCAGUAGCGACGAGCCAGGCCAGGGGGAAGCUUCCAAUGCAGCAGAGACAAAGAAUGAGCUUGCUGACAUUGCGGCUGGACAGAAGGACUGGGACAAGCCACAAGAAGCAACCGAGAAAGCCGAGCAGAGUGAGACCGAAGAUGCGAAGCAAAAGCAAGAGGAAGUUCUUCCCCAAUCCGUCCACCACGGCAUGGCUGGCGGAUUAUUCAGCAAACAGUUCUACGACGGAAGAAUCAAGUUCCACGAGCGCAAUGAGCGAUAUUUAAGGAGCUCAGAGGAGCUUGGAGGCACAGAGCUCGGAGGAGCUCAGAGGCCGGGCAACCCUCAUACAUGCUAA